AUGGCUUCAAUUAUCCCCUCUCGAGCGGCCAGGACCGUCUCCUGUUCCACCUGUCGCUCCUUUGCUGCUCCCACCUCGAUUGCCUCCGCAGCCAUCCCCCGACGUGGACUGUCAACAUCAACGCCGUACGCCAACGCCAACGAGCAGACCUCAGCCAACAAUGCAGAGCAGCCUCGCUGGUCGUACACCCCGCCUCGCGCCAAGGCUCCCUUCAGUCUGCGAUUGAACUCCAAGAGACCUGAAUUCCCCGUCAACUCCAACCCGAAACUAUUGGAUGAGUUCUACAUCCGCAUGCUGGGCACUGAGGGCGACAAGCUUCUGUCGGAGGAAGUCAAGUGGCUUGCUGUGACGCAUAAGAGUUUCGAUCAGGGUCGGAGAGGAUUCAACGACCGUCUGGCCUUUUUGGGCAAGCGGAUCGUUCAAUUACAGGCCUCUUUGGCCUUGGUCCAGGAUACUACGAACUCUGCCGGUGCUUUUACUCAGGAUGCGUUUGGACGAAAGGCCUUUACACACCCGGCCUUGGAUGGCUUGAACAAUCUCUCCGCCAACACCAAGAACUUCUUGACUGGCAAGACGCCGCUUGCCGAGCUGGCACGGAAAUACGAAUUGCAGAAGGUCUUGAGAUGGGCUCCUAGAAAGCCCAACAACCUCGAGGCCUCCGGAAUCGACCUCGUCCUUGCCCACACCAUGUACGCGGUGGUCGGGGCUAUUUCUCUGGAGAAGGGUGGACACAUUGCCAACAAGAUUGCACAAGAACGGAUACUGGCACCGUUGGGCGUGAAGACAAUUGCUUAGAGUCGGGGUUUCUUUGAUUGGGAAAUGGCCGCAGGGAGCAUUUUCAAGGCGUUUAUUUCCUCGUUAUGUGUUGUUUAAUCCUGGAUGGAUGAUCUUGUCAUCCACUGUACAUGUACUUUUACAACGACUUUUGGUCAAGAUCUGUGAUAUUAAAUAAAUAAAUACCACCAGAGGUG